AAACAUAUGGCUGGAAAUAUUGGACUUGUAACGAGAAUUAUUUCCUUUUAUGUUUAACUUAAUUUGUUUUUAGUGAGAAGAAAAAUAUGGACUCAAAGCGACUCUUAGCAAAAACGAGUAACAAAAACACAAAUCUUACCCAAAGCAUUGAGGAUGACCCUUUGAUCGAUGGCCCGCUCAUAGCCCGGAACUCCUUAGAGUCGGCCAUCGAAAGAGAGUUUCAAAAAGUACCCACUACGUGGGGAGCAGUUACAUUGGCCGUUUUGCAUGUGUUGUACGUGAUUGUGUGCUUGGCCCUGGCUUCGGUGUGCGUGUUAACCGACAUUCAUUCAGCAGAGUGCACAGCGGCUUUGAAGGAGUUGGACUCGAGGACUCUGGUGUUGCUCUUGAAAGUGGUCCUGUGGGUACUGUUUUUUCUCUUUGAGAGAUGUGUACAGCAUCACCACAGCUCCGUGAGGCGAAGAGGAUACCUGCAGUUUUACAGGAAAACUGCAAAGUUCAAGCAUCUGCCAUUACUUAUACACUCCAUAGGGAACGCUGCAGUCCUGAUAAUAAUUGCUCCUGCGCCUCUGUUGGAUAGCAAAGUGAAAAAUCUUUCAGUGUAUCUACUGCUCGUUGUCAUCUGCGUGGAACUGCUCGCCUCCAUCACAUGCCUUCUAAUUUAUACAGUGCAUGUGUCGAGGUUUAACAAGCAAAGCCCGAGUCCGGAUGUCACCGAAGGCGAGGGAUCACCCGGCUUCUCCGCUACUUCCAGUGGUGCCCACACGGAGAUGGGCUUUAGAGACGGCUCCAGUCUCGAGGAAGUGGUGGAGAAACAAGCGGACAUGAUCGAGUAUCUGAAGCAGCACAACACUUUGCUGAGCAAAAAAAUCCUGACGCUCACAUCACGACAGACCAGAGACUGAGAGAUGAGAAGAUUCUUAGUGUUUGACUUAAGGUUUCAGUGCACGCGUAAGUCUGUGCGUGUGUUUGCUGACUGACAGCAGUGGCCAUGCUCGACUAAUCACAAGGGUUUUAACAGGAAAAGAGCUUCUUCUACUUAACAUUGUUUUCAUGGUUCCCUGGUGACACGACCUGUAAGAUAAAGGACGCCAUAUGGAAUUAAUAGCAAGAAGAAAGCUUUCGGCCAUUUAACCAGCAACCAGGAAAUUCCUCUAGCGUAGAGGUUAAAUAGUUAUUGAGAAAAGUAUAGAAAUUACUCAGUUAGUAUUACAUAUAAUCAGAUUUAUUUGGAUUUUUAUUUAUUUAUUAUUAAUCUGAAGGGUACUAAUGAAUAACUUUAACUGGUCAGGUCUGAUUGGGAUUAAAACAGUUUUUGUUAAGAUUUAGUUUAAAGCGUCUUGUACAAAUUUUCUUUUAUUUACUUUUUUUUUGUAAUAAUAAAUUUUGGAUUGUGUA